AUGAACGCUAUGCAAAUACAACUCGAGCACAGUCUCGCCCAACUCGAGCCAGGCCAACUGUGUCGCGGCCAACUGAACAUCCACUGUGCCAAGUCCUCCACCGUCCAACGUGCCUAUAUUCAGUUCGUAGGUGUAGCGAAGACAGAGUGGAGACUGGGAGAGACUUACCUCGUCGGAAGCUCUGCCAUAGUAGACAAAGUACCGUACACUUCGGAGAAGAGCUACACUGGCACAGAAGUCGCCCUUCCAUGCAGAAUCCUAAACAGUGGUGUCACUACCAUACCAUUUGAGCUCAAUGUUCCAUCUGACGUUCCUCCAUCGUACGAGAACAACCUUGGCUGUAUCCGCUACUGGCUGAAGGCUGUGAUUAAGUCUGACGAUGUAACUCAAGUCGUGUCGAUUCCAAUUGAGAUCUGCACCAACCCAGACGUCGAGUGUUCUGAAUUCUUGACGAAGCCAAUCAAAAAAGAAUCCAGAAAAGAAAUGGGAAAAUUGUUCUUCAAGAACGGCCACGUCCGUGCCGCCAUCGGCGUUCAGAAGGCCGGCUUCAACGUGGGCGAGUCGAUGGAAGUCAAAGCCGAAGUCUUCAACGAAUCCGAAAAGGAAAUCACAGACAUUCAGUUCCAACUGGUACAGUUGAGUCACUUCACCGCUCAACGUGACUGCACCAGACCUAGUUUGAAGAAGAACCACAAGGAAGUCGAGUUCAAGCAGGACGAACUCGUGGUCAAGGAGUGGUGUGACGUGGUCAAGAUACUCAAACAUGAGAGUGGAACAUACCAGGAUGUGCUACGUGUGCCUGAAGUCAUCCCGAGCUUCAGCAACUGUCAGAUCGUGCAAGUCAACUAUGUGUUGAGAGUAAGUUAACAUUGUCUUUCGAGCUUUAAAUCACAUUCAAUUGUUAAAAAUAUAAAAUAAUAUCAUUUAAAUAAAGAAGAGAUAAGAAACCAGUAACAAAACCAAUACCUCCACAUCAGACUGUAAUGACAUCACUUUCAGACAAAGAUCGUAUCCAAAACCCAGAAGACAUUACUUUGCUGUGACAUUCCACUACAAAUCCGCUCGACCAGUUCAGGAUCUUCGAUGCACAGUUCCCCCAGGUCGAGUUUGUCAAUCGACGUCAACGAGUACCACAACAACGUACACCAACCUAUCUUAACCUUUUAA